GAGGACAAAGGCGGCGCGCCGCCUGUGUCAUCCGCCAUCUUGUGCGAAGCAAGGUGGCCUCCACGUUCCCCGAACGUCUUCUCCGCUUCUGCCUCGACCGCCCCUUGAUCACAGACAUGUCUCGGGACCGGUUCCGAAGUCGGGGCGGUGGCGGUGGCGGUUUCCACCGACGCGGAGGGGGAGGCGGCCGCGGCGGCCUCCACGACUUCCGCUCCCCGCCACCCGGCAUGGGCCUCAAUCAGAACCGCGGACCUAUGGGGCCCGGCCCGGGCCAGGGUGGCCCCAAGCCUCCGAUCCCGCCACCGCCUCCGCACCAGCAACAGCAGCAGCCACCACCGCAGCAGCCGCCACCACAGCAGCCGCCGCCGCUUCAGCCGCCGCCGCACCAGCCGCCGCAUCCGCAGCCGCCGCAUCCGCAGCCGCCGCCGCCGCCACAGGACUCAUCUAAGCCUGCCGUCCCUCAGGGACCCGGCCCGGCUCCCGUAGUAGGCAGCGCUCCCCCGGCCUCCGGCUCGGCGCCGCCCGCCACACCCCCGACUUCGGGGGCCCCCACGGGGCCAGGCCCCACCCCGACCCCGCCGCCCGCUGUCACCUCGGCGCCCCCCGGGGCGCCCCCGCCCGCGCCGCCGAGCAGCGGGGUCCCCACCACCCCCCCUCAGGCUGGCGGCCCGCCGCCUCCACCCGUGGGGGGCCCGGGCCCCGGGCCUAAGCAGGGCCCAGGGGCCAUCGGCCCCAAAGGCGGCAAAAUGCCAGGCGGGCCGAAGCCCGUCGGCGGCCCGGGCCUAAGCACUCCUGGCGGCCACCCCAAGCCGCCGCACCGAGGCGGCGGGGAGCCCCGCGGGGGCCGGCAACACCACACGCCCUACCACCAGCAGCACCACCAAGGGCCGCCGCCCGGCGGGCCUGGGGGCCGCAGCGAGGAGAAGAUCUCUGAUUCCGAGGGGUUUAAAGCCAACUUGUCUCUCUUGAGGAGGCCUGGAGAGAAAACUUACACACAGCGUUGUCGGUUGUUUGUUGGUAAUCUACCUGCUGAUAUCACGGAGGAUGAAUUCAAAAGAUUAUUUGCUAAAUAUGGAGAACCAGGAGAAGUUUUUAUCAACAAAGGCAAAGGAUUCGGAUUUAUUAAGCUUGAAUCUAGAGCGUUAGCUGAAAUUGCUAAAGCUGAACUUGAUGAUACACCCAUGAGAGGUAGACAGCUUCGGGUUCGAUUUGCCACACAUGCUGCUGCCCUUUCUGUUCGAAAUCUUUCACCUUAUGUUUCCAAUGAACUGUUGGAAGAAGCCUUUAGUCAGUUUGGUCCUAUUGAAAGGGCUGUUGUAAUUGUGGAUGAUCGUGGAAGAUCUACAGGGAAAGGCAUUGUUGAAUUUGCUUCUAAACCAGCAGCAAGAAAAGCAUUUGAAAGAUGCAGUGAAGGUGUUUUCUUACUAACAACAACUCCUCGUCCAGUCAUUGUGGAACCACUUGAACAGUUAGAUGAUGAAGAUGGUCUUCCUGAAAAACUUGCACAGAAGAAUCCAAUGUAUCAAAAGGAGAGAGAAACCCCUCCUCGUUUUGCCCAGCAUGGCACAUUUGAGUAUGAGUAUUCUCAGAGGUGGAAGUCCCUGGAUGAAAUGGAAAAACAGCAGCGGGAACAAGUUGAAAAAAACAUGAAAGAUGCAAAAGACAAAUUGGAAAGUGAAAUGGAAGAUGCCUAUCAUGAGCAUCAGGCAAAUCUUUUGCGUCAAGAUCUGAUGAGACGCCAGGAAGAAUUAAGACGCAUGGAAGAACUUCAUAAUCAAGAAAUGCAGAAACGUAAAGAGAUGCAAUUAAGGCAAGAGGAGGAACGACGUAGGAGGGAAGAAGAGAUGAUGAUUCGUCAACGUGAGAUGGAAGAACAAAUGAGACGCCAAAGAGAGGAAAGUUAUAGCCGGAUGGGCUACAUGGAUCCGAGAGAAAGAGACAUGAGAAUGGGUGGUGGAGGAGCAAUGAACAUGGGAGAUCCCUAUGGUUCAGGAGGCCAGAAAUUUCCACCUCUAGGUGGUGGUGGUGGCAUAGGUUAUGAAGCUAAUCCUGGAGUUCCACCGGCAACAAUGAGUGGUUCCAUGAUGGGAAGUGACAUGCGUACUGAGCGCUUUGGGCAGGGAGGUGCGGGACCUGUGGGUGGACAGGGUCCUAGAGGAAUGGGGCCUGGAACUCCGGCAGGGUAUGGUAGAGGGAGAGAGGAGUAUGAAGGCCCAAACAAAAAACCCCGAUUUUAGAUGUGAUAUCUAGGCUUUCAUUCCAGUUUGUUUUUGUCUUUUCUUGUUUAGAUACCAGUCUUUUAAAUUCUUGCAUUUUAGUAAGAAAGCUACCUUUUUAUGGAUGUUAGCAGUUUAUUGACCUAAUAUUUGUAAAUGGUCUGUUUGGGCAGAUAAAAUUAUGUAAUGCAGUGUUUGAAACAGGGGAAUUUUUUUUCCUUUUUUUUCCUUCUUUUUUUUUUUUUUAACUGUAUAAUGUCCCUCAAUUUAUGGCAGUGUACCUUGUGCCACUGAAUUUCCAAAGUGUACCAAUUUUUUUUUUUUACUGUGCUUCAAAUAAAUAGAAAAAAUAGUUAAGAUUUUGAUCUUCAACUUUGCCAUUCAUGCUUCUAUGCACAUUAGGCUAGGUGUUCCACUUGGAAAGCAUAAGAGUGUCUAGGCCUUUGAAUGGCAUAUGCCAUUUCUGGGAAAUGUAUUUGUAGGCUAAGUAUUGCUUUCUACAUUUAAGUACCCCCUUGUUUUAAAAAGAAGAAAUGCAUAUUGAAGUAGUUUCAUGAUUUGAUUUGUUUGGCAUUAUAGGAAGCAAGCCGGUGCUAAGUAUUUUUAAAUGGCUAUGUAAGCAAAGCUGAACUGUAAAUCUUCAUUCAGGAAUGUGUAUUAAGAUUAUGGAAUGGGUGUAAGACUAUUGGUAGGGGGAGAAAGUGGGUAUGACUUAAAUGGAUCUUUUAUGGCCCUAUGAUCUAUCCUUUCCUUGAAAGUUUCUGAAGAACAAGUGGAAAGAUCAUUUUGUUGCAUUCCUCCAUUCUUGUUUUUUUAAAGAACGAGUCCCAAGCCCUAUGAACGGCUUGUAUUGAACUUUCACAUUUGAAUUAAAGAUUGUUAAACAUGAA